CCGCCGUGGAGUACGAACGUGCCAGUGCGUCUCUCGAUUCUCUCGAUCUCUCGUUACAUUCGUGUGCCGUAUUCCUGUGAAUGUUUUGUGUCGAAUGUGUCCCUGAUAUUCUCAUCAAUAUUCCAUUCACUGCGCGUUUUAUGCGGCGUUCAACGUAUUUAUUCGAAAUACUUACGACCAGUGACUAGUGAAACUUUUGACAGGCCACAUUGGACUUGGAACGAUGCAACACCUGCCAGUCUUUUAGUGGACUUAUUUAAAAGAAAGGGUGGUUAACCAGAGAUUCCUGGACUCGAGGUCUCCCAACCACGGAUAUUUGGAGCUCCAAGCGCGCACUGACGCUCCAAGGGAGAAAGGAAAGACAAUGUGCAGAAAGGCAACGCGGAAUUCGUGAUCGAAUCGCACGAUAAUGUGUCGAAGUUCGCGGAAGGUUUUCUGUCGAGACGAAAGGUGCGAACUGUUAAAAUCGGCGAGGUGAUUCCUCGUAUAUCGAAGUAUGUCUUCGUGAGGAAAGCGAGGAAUCACAGAGACAAAGAUGUGCUGCUCGGGUGGUCCUGGUGGCAUCAGACUGACCAGGUGCGGCGUCGUUUGCGGCAUCGCGGCGCUCGCGGCUCUCGGCACGGCGCUUUUAGGCCCUGCAUGGCUUCACACCGAGGAGAAGUUGCAACUUCCGUAUUUGCCGCGCAGUUACGCGAAUAUCGUGAGUGUACGCUUCAAGCUGGGUCUCUUCAGGGUCUGUCCACAAAUCGUGAAGCCUGCCAACGUAACACUCCAUAUUCCUGUACCAUCCUGUACCUACGUCAAGUACAGUAGCUUGGAGGAUGUCAGGCCCCAGGAGUUAGGAUUCCCUCUGCUAGAAUUCACCCCCACAGUGGUCUCGAAAAUAAGGAUUUCCGCGCCAUUUCAAGUAGUCGCUGGAGCACUGCUCCUUGCCGCCACCAUCUCAGCUUUAAUUGGUCAUUGUUACUCUGACCAUAGAACUCUCGUCGCCUGUGGACUAUUCCUUCUCAGUGGGCUCUCGCUUGGUGGUGGCCUGAUAGUCCUGGCAUCGGCGUUAUCCGACGCAUCGCUAGAAUUACCAGGAAAAUACAGUUUGCCCUCUACGUCGAGCAUGCAGACGGACGAUAGCACUCUACCGCAGUACCAAUACGGUUGGUGUCUUCAGUUGUCGGGGUUGGCUUUGAUCUUGGCGGAAGUGGCGGCUGUUUUAACAAUGUCUGGGUACAUGGCUCGCUUCUCCACCGUCGAAGAGAUGGUGAGAAUUAUGGUACCAGGAGCCGAGAGAAAGCUAAGGGAACAAAGAGGUCUCAGUUCGGAGUACCUAGUAAGAGCUCAUCAAAAAUCACCUGGACCAUCGCAAGCUAGGGAUUUUGGGCAACCUGCAAAAACUCCCCAAAGAGUUGUCGAAGAGGGGACGUCCCUUUUGUGCAAGUCUGCGCCAGACAUCUGCGCAUCGAAUCCUCAAGCCAUCAGCUACGUUGAUAAGGCAGACCUUGCUCACGUUUUACCAGCGUAUCCAGAUGCGAAGAACGCGGAACCGCGGUAUACGUUUGGCGAUAAAUCGGAAGCCAGUGUUAUCGACUCACGGUUAAGCGGUUUCGCCGAUAAGGAAGGGUUAAUCGACUCGAGGAUUCUGUCGGACUCGCGACAGAAUAUGAUCGCUUUUACCGAAAGCAAGGAGCACACCGUCGGUCAGGAGCCGCGGUACACCGAAUUUUCUCCCAGAACUACAGAACAGAAUGUGGUUGAUUCGAGGUUAAGUGGUUUCGCUGAAAAGGAAGGUCUCCUCGACUCGAGACUCAGUGUUUACGGUGAAAAGAAUGAGUCGUUGCUGGACACUCCGUUCGGUUACGACACACGCUUCAACAGUUUGGCUGGUCAGACUGUGCCCAUCACCCUGAAGAAUCAGAACACGUCUGUUUCGGCGAUCCAGUCGCAGUACAUCUAUCAAAAUUUUGGAACGAUACACUCUGGGAUUUUGAGGGUGUCGGAGCCGGGGACAAGUUCAAGUUCAAACUCGAGUCAGCGAAGCAUGACACUCCAGAAUCCAAAAAGAAAGUCACAGAUCGCGCAAAACACCUUCAGCACGAUGGAGUGCGAGAAAAGGAAACGAGGACCUGGAAUUGCCGGUAAGGCAGGAUUUUACACUGGUAGCGCGGUAUGACCACCACCACCUCCUCCGACGCCAAGGUAACUGGAAGAGGAGGAAACGCCACUCUAAUUUCAUAUACAAAGAACUAGUGGCGUUGAACUCUGUAUGUCGGAGGAAUGUAUCCAGAUGCAUGGAAAGACGAAAUCUGUUUUAUCGUAUGCUGUAGUGAAGAUUUCUACCGCAUCUGUCGUCGAUAAGACAGAGAAUGACAGAAAACUUGUUACCAUAUUAGGUGGUAACUACCAUACCUACCAUCGAAAAUAUAGUACUCAGUGGACAUAUUAUCCAUGUCUGUGCAGGCAAUUGAUGUUUCUCAUGUGAGUAGACUCAUCACGAGACAAUCUUGUUCGAACGUUAGAGAAAGAACCUGUACAUAAAUUACCGCUAUCUAGGUUAAAAACGAACUAUGUGCAAGA